GUGGAUUAACGCAGCGUCGUGUCCAGUUUUAGACUCCACAACAAACAGUGAGUGAUUGAGAGAAACCUCGUCCAGCACCUGCUCGUCCUCCUCGGUCAGUGUCAGCAUCUCUGCGCGCUCUGCCUCCAGCCCUGCACAGCCCCCGGCCAUCCAACAUGUCUCUGUCCGGCUCACAGACACCAGAGGACGGACUCUACGGCUCCUGGGUCGAGCUGGAGGAGCUGAUCGCAGCCGUGAGCCGCAGGGAGAGUCCUGCAGGGCCGCAGGACAGCAUCUCCUCCGCCCUGCAUGGGGAGCUGGAGAGGAUCCUUCUGGAGGCGCAGCUGGAGUGUGAGAGGAGUAAAGACAGUCCUCCACAGGUGGUGACUCCACGGUCUACUGGUUCCCCGAGACCCAACAGUGAUCAGGACAGUGACUGUGUCACCAUACAGGAGGAUGGUGAGCGGCGAGUGGACACAGACUGGGUGUGGGAUUGGUCCAGUAGACCUGAAAAUAUGCCACCAAAAGAGUUUGUGUUUCAACACCCGAAGCAGCCGAGCUCCCUCAGCGUUAGGAAGACAGAGGUGAUGAAGAGAGGACUCUUCUCCUCCGAUGUUCUCCUCAUCCUCGUUCCUUCCCUGCUGGCUUCACACCUGCUCACACUCGGCGUCGGGAUCUACAUAGGAAAGCGACUGGCCGCUUCCACAACUAGCACGCUGUGACGUCACCUGUAGGCCAAAAGUCUACCCAAUAAGGUCACAGUCUGCCCUCUCUACCACACUAAUUUGCCUCCUACCGUCUUCGUUAAGGGGCAACCAUAGGACCCUGUCUGUCUGUACCUCUGUCUCUGUUCAAAUACGUGUCUUCCCAGCAGCACUCCGCCAGUCUGUCGUUCUGUCGGUCUGUGCAUGUCCUAGGGCCUGAGGAGCGGAUGGAUGUCAACCAAAGUGUCAGUCUGAGGUCACUUUUACUCUCCCAAAGAGUAACGCUGAUCUCAACUAGCUGAAGUGUCAUCAGAGAGAAGAGAUUGCUCCGACACGAGAAGAGAAGGAGAGUUUCACACGGCUAGAUCAAUAAAUCCCUUUGAUAGGUGGAGAUGAAAACAGUUAGAUGGGAACAGUGUGCAAUGUGUGCCGACAGAAUGAGAAAGAUAAUAUGUGGUAGCCUUUUCUCUCAACCUUUGAAAGAGCAAAAUGUCUGUAAUUUGUCAAAAGUAAUGACCCUCUGUGAGACUGAGCCGCUGAGAGUGGUUCUAUGCCACAAUGGUUUAUCUAGUAGAGAGUUUUAGUUGGCCGAGAGAAUGUACAGUAGGAGUGGCUCUGGUUGUGCUUUCUGUCCCAUAAACCAAUUAAAUAUUUGACCUCAGACAAAGACAAUCAUGAUCCCAUUAAACUUCACUC